GCCCGAGUGCGGCGGGACCGGUGCGUCCGGAGCAGCUGCCGGGCGGAGCCGGGCCGGGGAACGCUGCGAGGCCGGGGCACCGCUUCGCCCCGGGAGCCGGUGGCUUGCCCUGGUGUGACGGGUCGAGGCGGGAGAUGUCGACUCCCCCCCUGGCCGGGGCAGGGAUGCCGCCGGGCGCCUUCUCCGGGACCCAGGCUCAGGCUGCCCGCGAGGUGAACACGGCUUCGCUCUGCCGCAUCGGCCAGGAGACCGUGCAGGACAUCGUCUUCCGAACCAUGGAAAUAUUCCAGCUACUGAGGAACAUGCAGUUACCAAAUGGUGUUACGUAUCAUACUGCAACAUAUCAAGACAGACUGGCAAAGCUGCAGGAACAUCUCCGCCAGCUAUCAAUACUCUUCAGAAAACUGAGAUUAGUCUAUGACAAAUGUAAUGAAAACUGUGCUGGGCUCGAUCCUGUUCCCAUAGAACAACUUAUUCCAUAUGUUGAAGAAGAUGGCUCCAAGCAUGAUGAUCGUGGUGCUGCAAGUCAGCUUCGUUUUGCUAGCGAAGAGAGAAGGGAAAUCAUGGAAGUUAAUAAGAAACUGAAACAGAAGAAUCAGCAGCUGAAGCAGAUCAUGGAUCAGUUACGAAAUCUUAUUUGGGACAUAAAUGCCAUGUUGGCAAUGAGGAACUGAACAAGGAAAAUCAAUCUUUGUAACUGAAGAAGAUACAAAUCUGUUUGGAUAUACUUAACUUCCUUCUAAGAAGUAACACAUUUUUCCACAAUUAUAUUACAGUAAUGUUUGAAAAGUCUCAAAGAUUAAAAUGUUGGGUUGUUUUCUAGUAAUGUAAAUGGUUUUGGGUUUGUUUUUAUAGAAGAUUCAUUGUGUAAGUUUUACCUCUGUGAUUCUGCUUACAGCCUCAGUAAUUUACUGUAGUAGUUUGGAUUCCUAUGCAGAAAGGGAUUUUAUAAAUUAAGUGUUUCUGGAUUUUCUUUCUAGUACAAUUAAAAAUUAUAAAAACAUA